GGAGAGAAGGGAGGGUGGGGAAUCGUAGCGGGAUAGAGCAAGAUUACAACAAAGCUCAUUCACACGCUGUCUUGGAUAACACCUGACAUCAUCAUCUCGGAGCGCGCUCGUCGGGUGAAGAGUGUUUGAUUAGUGUGUGCUGCACACACAAUUUAGCAAUUUGCUCCUACCCGAGAUGGUUUUCUCGCCUGCAUUUUGGAGGGAACCUGCAUUUUGAAGGAGCAGCUGGCGAGUAACUGCUCCGCUGCUCUAAACGCUGGCCGGUGAGUCGCAGCCUGCGGUCGGCCGUCUGGUGGACCGAUCCGUGGGAACGGUUGCAAGAAAGUGAAAAGUUCCUCGUCCAUGAACACCCAUCGCAGCAAUAAAAUCGCUACUGGUUUUGAAACAGAGCACCGGAUGGUGGCCCGCAACAGAGGAUCUGUAGGACGCGAAGGAGUGACGAGUGGUGCGUGACAAGACGCGGCGCCGCUCACCUGAACUACCUGAGACCCACCGCGGCGCGGACACACUCCCGCGGGGCGCGUUCCCUCUGUGGUGCGUCGCCAUGGCCCACGUUCCGGCCGAUCGGGUGGUGGUAUCCCAUAUAUAUGUUUGAUGUGAAAUCAAUCGACGGUGAUUUGAAGCUUGUGUGCGGGGUGGGGGGAGGGGGGUACCACAGCUGUAAGAACUCUCGGCGUGGUGACUACCUGGUGGAGGUCCGGCUCGCUCUCUCCCGAACAGAAGAGGAUGCUGACCGGAGCGUCAUUAUGCUCGGGACUCGGGAGGACGGUCUCUAAACACGAGGAGCUACCAUAAUGACAUUUGGUUAACAGACGCUGGCCCCUUUAUAACACAACCUCGAUAAUUUCAAAUCGGAUAUAUUUUUUAUAAAAAAUUAAAAUAAAAUAAAUCUCAACGAAGAACCUCCAACCGGACCGACAUCCGACCGACGGCAGACGGGUCCUCCAUCCUAGGCUCGGUCCGGCCCGCCCGCCGGGGAGAUGGCUGCGAUCGCCAGCUCCCUGAUUCGCCAGAGGCGCGCAGCACGGGAAUCGAACAGCGAUCGGGUGUCAACCUCUAAACGUCGCCCCAGCCCGAGCAAAGACCCGCGCUCCAUAUGCGAGAGGCAUUUUUUAGGGGUGUUCAGCAAGGUCCGCUUCUGCAGCGGGAAGAAACGACCCGCGCAGCGGAAAAGAACAGAUGCACCCUCCAAACCUCCACAGGUGUCCCGUAAGGGCUGCAGGCUAGAGCCACAGCUGAAAGGCAUCGUGACACGGCUGUUCAGCCAGCAGGGGUUCUACCUGCAGAUGCAGCCAGAUGGAACCAUCGACGGCAGCAAAGACGAGAACAGCGACAGCACCCUGUUUAACCUCAUCCCUGUGGGUCUGAGAGUCGUGGCCAUUCAGGGGCUGAAGAGUGGGUUCUACAUCGGCAUGAACGGGGAAGGCAUGCUCUACAGAUCGGAGGUGUUCACACCAGAGUGCAAGUUCAAGGAGUCGGUGUUUGAGAGCUACUACGUCAUCUACUCGUCCACAGUGUACCGGCAGCAGGAGUCGGGCCGUGCCUGGUUCCUGGGCCUCACCAAAGACGGACAGGUCAUGAAGGGCAACCGCGCCAAGAAGACCAAGCCCUCCUCACACUUUGUCCCCCGGCCCAUUGAAGUGUGUAUGUACCGGGAGCCGUCAAUGCAUGAGAUCGAGGAGAAGCAGCGCUCCAGGAAGAGCUCAGGGACUCCCGCUAUGAAUGGAGGAAAAGCCGUCAAUCAGAACUGUUCAUAGCAUCAGGGGGCGGGGCUUCCAUCGGGGGGAGGUGUGACCUCCUCUUAAUUUAAAGGGGAGGAGUCAUCACCAAACCCCUUACAAAAUACGCACCACUAUACCCUCUGUCUAGGGGAGGGGGGAGUUGCCGCGACAACCAGGAGCUUGUACUGUACACCCAACCAAUCAAAAAAGAACAGCAACUUAACUGAACUCUUGCCUGUGAAAUUCUUUUAGAUGAAUUAUUAUUAAUCCAGACGAUAUGAAAGAAACAUUUUCAAUCAGGAUUUGACCUUAACAUUUUAUGCAAAAAAGAGAAAAAGCUGUGACAAACAUAAGAAUGGUGGUCUCUCGUCAUAUAAAUACAAAUAUCUAUAGUUUCCAAUUUAUGCUGUGAAAAAUUAGCUUUAAAGACAUGUUACAAAUGUCAUGCAUUGGUUAGAUAUAUAUUUUUUGGAUUGCCGUGACACUUCCACACGCUUAAUGGUGUUAUUGUUGUCAAUAAUAACAGUUAUUGAUUUUGUUUUAAUUAAUAACGAUCAGUACUACUCUGUUGUUACCUCACCAGCUCGGUUAGCGACCACGUCGACUCCGCCUCUUGUUUUUUCUAGAGACUUAUCACUAAAGAGAAAGUCGUUUCCACUGCUUGACGGUGAAUGUGCUCUCACGCAAACUAGUCAGAGUGUCGGGAGGUCGGACUGAAUGUACUGUAAUGUCAGAAUCUGAUUGGUGGAGAUAUGGGUGUGGGGGUUGGGCCGUGCGAUCUGAUUUGCUCAGGGUGCUGUACUGUAAGUGCGAGUGAUUGGUUGUUUAUCCACGGGACAAAUCGGAUUGUUCCAGAAGCUUCUUGGAAGAAUCCCCUCCCCCUCCCUGGCCAGGCAGUGGGACUGUUAUAAGCAAUACAACUCAGUCAAGAGAUGUCUCAAACGAAUCUCCAAGCGGCACUAAUUGCAAUGAGUGUGCGUUCGAACGUCAUUGGCUUGUGAAAGAUUGAUGCACGUUAAAAAGCAGGGUUUUUCAAAUUGUCCAGAGAGACAGAGGUUUGCUCAAGGGUCAACGGUAGUCCUCCUAGCAGUUCCUUCAGUAACAUGAGAGGAAAAGCAAACUUCUUUUUAAAUGGCGUUAAACGGCGCGUUGCUCUCUCUCUCCCAGAGUUCCGAGGGGGCGAGGUAAUGGUGGUGAUGAUGAUCACGACCACUGUGAUAGCCACGGACGGUUAUCCUCAUCAUUUGCACCUCGAGAAUCACAGCUCUCUCUGCUCUGCAAUUUGUAUGACUGGGGUCUUGACCGCAAAAAUCAUACAAAAAUAAAUAAAAAAUAAAAAAAACAAUCACAACAAAAAAAUAAUACAUAUAUAGCAUUUGUGCUUUCAAUAUAUAUGAACAAAACAUGAUGUCAUCUUUGAUAAAGAAAAAAAAAA